AUGACAGAGAGCUCUGCAGUGACGGGGGCGCUAGCAAAUAUAAGGCAGCAGUCCAAGCUCAUGAAGGAAAAUCUUCACGAUGGCCAUCUCUUGCAAGCGUUGAAGCACUGCUCCAAUUUCCUCAAUGAACUAAGAACGUCAGCACUCUCGCCAAAACAGUACUAUGAAUUAUAUAUGGCCGUGUACGACCUGUUGGAUAUCUUGUCUGAUUUCUUGCUUGAGUCCAAUCGCUCGAAACAGGCGAAGAGUGCCAACACAGCAUUCUUGACUGACCUUUACGAGUUGGUCCAAUACUCCGGCAAUAUCAUACCCAGAUUGUACAUGAUGAUCGUUAUAGGCACUACACACAUGGCCACGAAAAGUUCGUCCACCAAGGAAAUCAUGAAGGACAUGAUCGAGAUGUGUAGAGGCGUGCAGCAUCCUAUCAGGGGCUUGUUCUUGCGUCACCACUUGUCGCAGAGACUGAAAGACUUGUAUCCUAUGGCUACCGUAGACGACUUCAAUGAUACCGUAGAGUUCUUGAUCACCAAUUUCAUAGAGAUGAACAAGCUCUGGGUUCGCUUGCAACACCAGGGCCAUUCCAGUGAACGUGAGUUGCGGUACAGGGAACGGAAGGAAUUGAAGAUUCUCGUGGGGUCCAACUUGGUUCGUCUCUCGCAGGUCGUGGACGAUUUUUCCGCCGAGGGCUAUGUGCCCCUGCAAUUCUAUGUGUCCAAGAUCUUCCCAGCCAUUACCGAGCAGAUCAUUCAGUGUAGAGAUCCGUUGGCACAGCUGUACUUGAUCGACGUCUUGAUCCAAAUCUUCCCUGACGAGUUUCAUUUCUUGACGCUCGACAGUUUGCUCAGUGAUGUGUUCUUGGAGUUGCAUCCUAUGUUAGAGAAAGACAAGCUUGUUGAGACCCUCGUUGAGCGCUUUGUACUCUAUCACAAAUAUGAAGACAGCUUGUCUUCCGAAACUCAGAACUUGUCUUUGGAGGAAGGCGCAAAAAAGGUUCAGCCUGCUCCGGUCAAAUUUUUCCAGUCUUUCGUGUCGUUCUAUCAAAAACUACACGAAAUGGAGCCUGAGUUACCUGCAGCAUGCUUCAUUGCUAUUUUGAGCUCGCUCAUAAAGUUGUCCCUCACUUUUGAGCCAACAAACUAUGAAAAUCUCAAUACAAUUUACAAAUUUGCUGCUGUGGUACUUCGUGAUGACAGCUCCGACCAAGAUGUCAAGACCACUGCCUCAUUGUGGCUCGAAUUACUCGAGGCACCAAUUGACCACUUUUCUUCAAUUAAGGAAUUAUUGAAAUUACCCUUCUACCAUGCCUUGUUUUCCAAAAUUCAAGAGCCAGAAUUGCUCCGUUCUCUUGGCUUGAGAAUCUCGCAAAAGCUUGUUUCAAGCGCCACAAAGGAACAGCUAUCAAGCACUGAAGAUAUUGAUGAUGUGUUUAAAUACUUGUCGAUUCUUAUUGCUGAAACAGAUAGUAAGUCAACCACCUCAAAGGACUUGGGUGUUCAGAAAACAGUCUUGAUCAACAACAAUGAAACUAGGGUUUCCGAGGCCUUUUUGCAUACUCAGGAAACAAUUUGUAAAGUUUUGCAUUUGAUCAAUCAUUCUGAUCAUUUCCAAUGCUUGACUUUGUUGUUCUAUGUAAGAAAGAAGUACCUCAACGCUGCCUUUGAGAACAUUGUCUUUACCUAUCCAACUUUAGUGACCAGAAUGACCAAUUGCAUCAGACAUGCUGGGUAUCUUGCGUCGCGUAGAAAAAAGGUUGAGGCAUCAGAUCAGACAGACUUAAUGGUUACGAGCAAUUUCAAGAAUACGUCUGUGGUCAUUGAUGAGUUGUAUAAGUACCAUCGUGAAGCUGAUUCUGAGCUCGUGUUCAAACUCUACCUUAAUUUGGCGUCAGUAGCUGAUCAACUCAAGCAAGAGACCAUUGCAUACGAGCUCUUCAACCAAUGCUUCAUUGUAUACGAAGAGUCUCUUCUCCUAAACAUGUCACAGAGCAACUUGGUCAACCCUCACGAGAGUAUGGGAGGCUCUCUUUCGUAUCAAGCCAUUUUGAUGCUAGCAAACCGGUUGCAGCAACUGCGCUAUUUUAGCGGCGAGAAUUAUGAGAAUCUCAUCACAAAGCUAACAUUAUAUGGAUCGAAACUACUCAAAAAACAGGAUCAAUGCAGAUCAGUCUACUAUUGUGCGCAUUUGUGGUGGUGGGUGGACCCACUCAUUGACGAACCUAGCCUGACUGUACAACCGAGAGAAGGGGAUGCACCGAUCAGUGAAGGCGAUAAUAAUUCUCUAUACAAAGACCCAAAGAGAGUUUUAGAAUGUCUUCAGAAAUCUCUUCGAAUUGCUGACUCUUGUAUGGAUCCAAAACUACUGUUGAAACUCUUCGUUGAUAUUCUCAAUCGCUGUCUAAUAUUCAACGACUACGGAAACAGUUCCGUUGACUUUAGAUACAUCAACGGCCUUAUUGAAUUAAUCAAGAGCAACUUGACCAAUUUCGAGGAGGACUUGAGAAACAACGAUGACGAAGCUAAGCUCAUUAAGCAGAUCCAACAAUACUUCAAUCGCACUCUUAGGUAUGUCAGAAAUAGACAAGAGAGCGAGGGGUCUCUCGGUGGUAUUAUCGUCUGA